AUGUUCGACUCACUGGACAAAGAGAAGAAAAUUUUGCUUGGCUGUAUCGCAGGAUCUUUUGCUGCCUAUCAUGUUGGUCAAGAUUUCGUUUUAAAAAAUAUGAAAAAAUGAAAAGAGCUAUUGGCGGAAGUUCUAGAAAAGCCGCCCAGGAAUUUUUAGAUUGUGCGAGGAAUCUGCAAGGUUUUGAGAGAAAAAGAAGAGGAAUGGUUACCCGUAGGAUUGGUCCGAAGUCUGCACAUCUAUCCCGUCAAGUCAGCGGCUCCAGUCGAUGUAAAGACUCUUUUGGGUUAAAAAAAAAAAUUCUGCAGCUGUUCGCCUUCGAGUGCACUGAUCACGGUCCAGUCUUCAGAGAACUCCAGGACAGGAACUUUCUCAUCGUGGACGGAGCCACUGGAAGGGAGCUCCGCCAGACUUGACUUUUUCCAGAAGCUCCUCUAUUUCAGAUUUUACACUGCACGUCAAGUCCCAAAACUCGUAUUACUCAAAUGUUCCGUUGAUAAUGAAGUCUUGUCAAUUGACGGCCCGAAAGUAGGAUCAAUUAGUGUGGAUUUAAAGGAAGUCGUUAAUCAGAACCAGAUCACCAGAGCCAGGUCUCAAAUCAUCACGAAUGCCAAAUUUUUUAUUUUGCAGUCUUUUUGACAACGCAAAGCAAGACGGUUUGGACUGUGGAGAUGCAGUUGGACAGUUCCUGUCCGACUACAUGAACGAGACAAGUGAGAAAAAGGCUUAGACAAGCUCCCGAAAAACAGUUUGAGACGUGCGACUUCUGAUGCACCGCAAAGGUCUCUACACGGAAAGAACCUGUGUUCCGGAGUCCAGCUGGUGGAAUAAUCCCGUGCCUCGACGAAAAGACGACGUAGCCGCUUGAAUUAUCUUUUUUGAACAUGCUUUUUUCAGUCUGGCUUCACCGAUCUCGCGCCGUUUCACAUUGCAACUCAAGCUUCACUCGAAGAUUUGAACCGAAAACUUGAUAAGAAAGUGUGAAAAAAAUUGAAGAUUUCCAAAAAAAUAAGUAUAACAGGUGACGACUCAAAGUUUCCGACCUUCGAUCGUAGUAGAGGGUUGUCAGAAAUGGGACGAAGACAAAUGGGCCGAGAUUCGGAUCGGCGAUGCUCAACUUGAGUGCUUCGCUCCCUGCACGCGGGAAGAGGCCAAUCAUUCCAUAUCAUCAAAAACUGAUAUUCAGAUGCGUUCUGACGACGGUUGAUCCUGCCGAAGGUGUCAUGAAGCCUGACCAACAGCCAUUGAAAAAACUCAGAGAGUAUUUUUCUGAAGAAUUCUUUCCAACAAUAAAUGAAAGUCAAGGUUUCGCUUAGCUCCAGAAGGUCCAAUGCGCAAAACGUUCAAGGAUAGCCCCGUGUUUGGAGUUUACGCUGGUUUAAAGAAAAAGGUGAGGAAAACUUUACUUUCGGUUCAUAAAGAUCAAGUUUAGGCUUAUAUUCACGUCGGACAGCCGGUUUACGUUCGCUACAAACCAACUGCAUUUUUGAAAACAAACUUAUUAACUUUGUAA